UUAUUUACACGACGCUCUUGAACGGCGACCGUGCCAAACACACGCACAAACAGUUGAAUUUUAUUUUAAUUUUUAUAUUUUUGUAUAAUCUGUGGGAGAAAAGAGUUUUGAUAAUGUAUAAAAAGGUUUUGUUUCUGAUUUUCGCGGCUACGCUGGCGAGUAGCGAUGGUGUUCAACCCACAAAUUACGAAAUAAGCCGAAACCAAGUUGGCGGCGGCGGUUUCGGAAUAAGAGAAAUGCUGGGCUAUUUGUUAGGAGGCAACUACGGGAACUACUACCCGCCGGGCCACUACGGACCGGGGCAGUAUGGACCGGGGCAAUACGGGCCGGGGCAAUACGGGCCGGGGCAAUAUGGACCGGGGCACUACGGGCCGGGGCAAUACGGACCGGGGCAAUACGGGCCUGGGCACUACGGGCCUGGGAUGUACGCGCCGCCCGGCCCUCCUGGAGCGCAUCCUGGAUGUCCCCUGUGUGAUUCGUCUGUGUACAGCUACUGUUCCCACAAGCAAGCCCAUGAUGCGUGCUGCUGCAGUUCUGUUUUCAACCCCUACAACUGCGGUAAAACCGACUGCAAGUUCCUGUACGCGAAUUCCUGCGAAGAACAUCAGCUGAUCACCAACUGCUGCUGCGUAGACCUUUACAAGAGCAACGUGCAAGACGUCGUGCCUGUUGUGCCGGUCGCAUAAUAAACUUUAUGAACGUAGCUAUGACUUAUAUUCGUAGAUUGUAGAGCCGAUUGCAUCAAACUGAUGCGGCAAGGUUUUUGUUUGUUAUUUACAGUACAAAAUUUUCUAAUUACUAAUCUUUUGCACAAAUAUACGUAUAAAUUAUGCCUUAUAUGUAGACGACUUGAGCUCGGUAGUUUAUCGCUUUGAAAAGCGAAAUUUUGCUUAUAGAAUGAAAGUUGAUAAAUAGUGAAGAGACGCUAUUCAAAACCUUAUUUAGUUUGAUGCAACGGACAUUUUAUAGUUUAGCUUGUAAUCCAUGAACUCAUUCAGUCAUUGUAGCAUUAAAAGUACAUCGAAACUUUGUAA